AUGUGUGAUUUAGACUCGGUGUCUGAUCUCACGCUAACCCUAAGGAUGCUUCAAUUUGAUAAACAGGUACUUCCUGCAUCAGGAAAAAUCAGUACUUCUUGUCAGAUCUCACCAGAUGGUGAAUUGAUCGCAAUAUGUCAGAACACUGACAUGCUAGUAUAUGAGAUUUCAUCAUCGAAAAUGAUGAAGUUGACUACAACACAUAAGGAAUGUAUCAAUUGCCUCUGCUGGUCUCCUGAUUCCAAAUGUAUAGCUAGCGGGUCCGAAGAUUUCACUGUAGAAAUCACCCACAUCAUUUAUGGUCGGAUCCGUAGGUUGAUGGGACAUACUGCGCCUGUAAUAUCCAUUUGUUAUAAUAAUAAGGGAAACAUACUCUGCUCCUCAUCGAUGGACGAAAGCAUUAAGGAAUGGCAUGUGUUAAGUGGUACAGCAUUAAAGACAAUGUCUGCUCAUUCUGAUGCUGUUGUUUCUAUUGAUAUCCCCAAAUUUGACUCUAGCAUUUUGAGCUCCGGUUCUUACGAUGGAUUGAUUCGAAUCUUCGAUACAGAAUCAGGUCAUUGUUUGAAAACAUUGACGUAUGACAAGGAUUGGAUCGCAGAGGAUGGUGUUGUUCCUAUCUCUACCGUGAAAUUUAGUAGAAAUGGAAAGUUUCUGCUGGUAAAAUCUCUAGAUAACGUAGUCAAACUAUGGGAGUACACGAGAGGAACAGUCGUACGAACUUUUCUAUGGCCUCAUCAAGAAACGAAAGCGAAAUUAAAAUAUAACUGUGGACUUGAACUAAUUUACCCACAAGGCAAGGAUCCACUAGUCAUCAGCGGAAAUGAUUCGGGAUCAAUGUGCGUCUGGAAUGUUUAUUCAAAGAAUUUGGUACAAAAAAUCGACGAGAAACAUCGAAAUUCACCGCUAAUAUCAAUUUCGGCUUCCUAUGACAAGGUUGCAACCCUUUCACUAAACGGCGAAUGUAAUUUGUUCCGAGUACACUGA